GACCCACACCCUCAACAUUUUCACCCUACCAUAGAAAUGAAAUCUAGCCGGUGAAUGUUGUAGUAGCUGGCAUUACUAUGUACUGCAAUGUGUCUACACAUUUGGAAUAACUUAACGCUUUCAUUAGCUUGUAGUCAUUGAUCUACCCGUUAACAUUGCUUCUUUCCUGGUUACAAUGAGACAUUAACAAGUAAAGUGAAUUGUUUUUAACAGUACAAAGUAAUGCUAGAGUUCUACUUUAGAAAUUAGAAUUUUAUUUUGUUUAGUUCGAAGACGUGUUUAUUUAGGGUUUUAAAAAAUAUUUGAAGGAUUUAAAAAAAAAGAGAUUCAACAUCUUUUGAACUAAAUUUGUGUAUUGCAACUGUAAAGUGUUUUUAGAACCAUCACAUAGGCCUAUCAUUUAAUCAGAUCCUCACUGACUACAUGUGCAACGAAGAUUUGUUCUAGAUUUAGAAGACUGAAGUAAGUUUUAGACAACCGCAAAGUAGAAGUGAGUUAUGUCGGUGGCCGAGGCGUUAGGUCAGGAGGUUCGCUCGCCUAAUAUCGAGGUUAGGAGACAGAAGCACUUCAUCGGACUAAAUAAUGACCAGCCGAGACUCAUUCCCUACGAAUCCCAAAAUGAUGUCAAAGAAACGCCCUCCAGUCGUGAGCCAUUGGCCCUCAGAAAGUUGGAAGAUAUUUAUAGCAACAGGCGAGAGGAAGAUGUAGAAAGAAUAAAAAGAGAGAGAAGAGAUAUGGAAGAGGAGAGGUUGAGAAUGCAAGAGAAACACUCGAAACAAAUCCAAGACAAAGAGAAUGAAAGAAAACAGAAUUACGAACUGAGCAACAAUUUCUUGUGGGACCAACGAAGUGCUGGACAUGGUGGACCCAAUAACUCCGGCAAUUACAAGAGGAGACAAUUCUUAGAGACCAAUUCUGGACCAUCGUGGUUGGAGAAGAAAGAAAUGGAAUCGAACCCAAGAGGUUUAGAUGUAAACAGUUUCAAACUCCAAAACGGACCCACCACAGAGUUCGUUGAUCAAGCUCUACCCAGAGGCAAAGACUUCUAUCUAUACGACCCGGCCCAGCGGUCAGAGUCUCAGACUCCUUUUGAGCUACAAGAGUACAGCAAGAAGCUUGCUCAAGUGAGUGAACAAAAGAAACUUUCUAAAGAAAGACAGCAGACGAACCCAUACAGCCAUGCUGAACUGUCACACAACUUGAACGUACAAGACAACUAUGUCCCUCGCUAUAACCUUGACAUCGAACGUUUUCCAGAGGAGAAGAGAAGCUUGGACCUUGACCAUACCAGGGGCGGAGCAGGUGCCCCCGAGAAAGAUGAGAGAGGGAAGAGUGUCACGCGCAGACCGAUUACACUGAGCAGAGACAACUACGGAGAAACGAGAAUACGAGAAAACGUGGUCAGACUCAAUACCGGCAACUCGGAAAGGGACCAGCUUUACACAGAAGACAACAAGCCUUAUUUCCCCUGGGGCAGCCAGGGCGGUGGCGCCCCUCUGCGCGAUCGUGAUGGAAAAAUAAUAACGCAAGUGUUUGGCAAACUGGAAGGCAAAGACCCUCAAGAUGAAGAGUACAGAAAAGAUAAGAUGAGAAAGGAAGUCUUCUUCAAUGAGCUAAAGGAGGUGGAGAAACAGCAGAGAGAGAAUAAAGAAGAACUGAAGAGAUACAUGAAGGCACCUCAAGUCGAGAUGGCUGAGCUAAUGACUGCAGGGCGUGUUGGUAAGCCCCGGAGAGAUGAAGUCACAGGGUACAUAGCACAGCAACACCUGCCCCACACAGAUGUGGUCAAAACGAAAACCAACUACCAGCCUAAACCAGUCAACGAAAAGAAGCAGUACCACGACGAGCUAGUCCGAAUGGCGGAAGAGAGGCAGUACCAGAAGUUGCUGGACAAGUUUAAAGAGAGACAAGAAUCAAACGCACAUUUUCAAAACAUGGACACGUCGUGGGGCAUGUUUGGCGGGGGAGCUCCUAAACACCAGGUGAUAAGGAAGAAGGUCAACUUGAACAAUGCCUUGUUUUACCCUGACCAGGCCAACGGGCAGUCCAGCAGCAACGCCACGGCAAGAACUGCAACGGAAGAGCCUGUUGUGUAUCCCUCCUACUCCAGUAAUCCACCCACUGGCCUGGGUUCUUUUGAAUUGGUAGAGCAAGCACACCACAACGCUGGCUACCAGAAACUCUUCACGGAAGACGAUCAGAGGCAGUUUCAUUCUCCCGAGAACUCACCGAGAUAUGUCAGAAAUACCAUGAACAGCUCACACAAAAACCUUUACCAGGGCAAUCCUGUCAAGUUGACGGGUCGUUCCGGACAAACUGUUCCACCGUUUGCGACGGGUAUGAUGUAACCAUGACAACACAAUACUGAAUGUUUCCAAUUACAAGGAAGGAUUUCUCUUUAAAACAAAACACUUUCAGUUUUAACACGUUGUGGGAAUGUGAAAUGAACUCAAAACGUUGUCUGUUGUCUGUUGUCUUACUAAUUAAUAAUGUUUUACCAGUAAUGUAAUUGUUUUCAUAUAAGACAUUUGGCAAUAUAAGAAAAGAAAUUAUAUAUAUCAAAGUCUGUGAUUUUAUUACUUAAACUUAACUGUGAUAUUAUGACUUUAUGACCUGAAACAAUUUUAUGAAAAAUAAAGUGAAAUAUGGCCAUGAUAUUAACUUCGGAUGACUUGAACUUUGGCCUGAUAUGAGAUUGACAUUGUGACUGUAUGACCGGACAUGACAUUGACACUGUGUGACCUUACAUGACAUUAACAUUUUAACUGAGUGACCUUACAUGACAUUUAUCAUUUUAACUGUAUAACCUGACAUGACAUUGACAUUUUAAUUGUAUGAGCUUACAUGACAUGUACAUUGGAGCUGUAUGACCUGACAUGACAUUGACAUUGGAACUGUAUGACCUGACGACUUCACAUAAUGAUUUAAUGAUCGAAACGUGACUGUGAUUUUCAGGCCUAGUGAAUUUUUAACCAAUCACAAGGAAUGCCUGGUGCAGCCAUUUUGACAAAGCUUAUUUAAACUCUGUCUGUCUGGCAAAAAGUUUGAACACGUUAUUUCUCCCAAUCAUAUUUUUUUUUCAGAUCAAGUUGAAACUUUGGAAAAUUAUUCAUUGCCAAACACUACUCGUGAAUAUUUUUUUUUAAAUCCAAUUAGUCAGUUAAUUACUGGUUACAAUUAAGUCUUUUGACUAGGGAAAUUAAUUAUUCAGUGUUAUGACUAAAUAUUUGAGGAUUCGCCCCUUUAUAUAUUUUUUUUCUCCCACCCCCAUUGGAUCAAAUAGAAACUUUAAACAAUAAUCUUCUGUACUUAACAAAACGUGCAUCGAUUUAAACAAUUAACCACUUAGUCAAUUAUAAAUGGUAUUUGUUUGCUUGUUUGAUAUCGAAAAAAGGGAGAUAACUUCAAAACUAUUGAGAGAUAUACAUAGAUAAGCAUUUUAGAAAAAAGAUAUUUCUUUUUUUUUUUUUUAACUUAUGUCCACGAGGAAACACUUUCUCUAAUUUUUACUUUUGUCUGCUCAAAAUGUCUGUCGGUAAUGAAAUAAAUUUCAAUAAAGCACCGUCAUUGAUUAAGAAUUUUAUACUUAAGGUAAAUAAAUAUUUGUACAAAAUUG